AUGGAAGACAAUGUUAAACCUGUGAGACAGCCUCAGAGAAGACUAAACCCCACAAUGAAGGAAGUAGUCCGCAAAGAAGUGGUGAAGCUCAUGGAUGCUAGAAUGAUUUAUCCAAUUUCUGACCCUGCAUUGAUGUCAGGACACCAAUUUGGUUUUAAACUGGGAAAACUGCCAGUUUAUGGUGUGAGAUGUUUCUUAGGCCAUGCAGGUUUUUAUCGGAGAUUCGUUAAGGAUUUCUCAAAGAUUGCAAAGCCUCUUAGCCAACUGUUAGUGAAGGAAAAUGAGUUCCUUUUUUAUGAAGCCUGCCUCAAUGCAUUCAAUGUGCUAAAGGAAAAGCUUACCACAACGCUUGUUCUGACGGCUCUGGAUUGGAGUCUCCCUUUUGAACUCAUGUGUGAUGCGAGCGCAUAUGCAAUGGGUGUUGUACUUGGUCAGCGUAAGAAUAAAUUAUUGCAUGUUAUUUACUAUGCUAGCAAGGUUUUUAAUGAGGCACAAGUCAAUUAUGCCACCACUGAAAAAGAGAUGUUAGCAGUAGUUUAUGCAUUAGAUAAGUUUAGGCCUUAUUUGAUAGGUUCUAAAGAGUUUGACUUGGAAAUCAGAGACAAAGCUAGAGUGGAAAAUAAAGUUGUCGAUCACUUGUCUAGGAUUCAAGAUAAGGACUUGCAAGAAGGACCUAAAAUAGAGGUUAAUGAGUCCUUUCCUGAUGAGCAAGUGAUGCGGUGUGUUGUUGAAUUUGAAGUACCAGAUCUUCUGUGGCACUGCCAUGCAUCUGACUACGGAGGACAUUUUGGAGCCAACAGGACUGCACAGAAGGAUGCAAGAGAGUUCUUAGAGAAAUGUGACAAGUGCCAGAGGACGGGAAACAUAUCCCGUAAAGAUGAGAUUCCCCUCAACUUUAUAUUAGAGGUGGAGUUGUUUGAUGUUUUGGGAAUUGACUUUAUGGGACCCUUCCCUAUGUCAUAUUCUAACCAAUACAUCUUGGUUGUUGUGGACUACAUGUCCAAGUGGGUAGAAGCUGCCACUUUACCUACUAAUGAUGCAAAAGUGGUGGUGUCUUUCUUGCGGAAGAACAUUUUCACUUGUUUUGCAGUUCCUCGUGCGAUCAUCAGUGAUGGUGGCACUCACUUCUGCAAUAAACAAUUUGAAAGCUUGCUUACAAAGUAUGGCAUCACUCACAAGGUGGCUACCCCAUACCAUCCUCAGACCAGUGGACAAGUAGAAAUUUCAAAUAAAGAGCUGAAGAGGAUUUUGGAGGUAGGAAAUUCAAGGAAAGAUAGGGAAAAGAAACUUGAUGAUGCACUCUAG